UGCCUGAUUGACCAACAGCAAGAAAAGGGAAAAAAAGGAAGGUGAAACUCUGGUGCAUAAAGCCAAGGGUCCAUGCCAAAAUCGUCAGGCUCACAUGGCUAGCAGUUUCCAAGAUCCAACAACUCCCUAACCAGUCCCUGAAAGCAUUGUCUGCUACAUAAGCAAACUUGUAUGCAAAAAAAAGAAAGGAAGGGCAGAAAAGACUGGUAUCGAAUCCAAGAAAAGCCAUGAGAGAUCACAUGAGGAUGAGGUGUAAGAGGAGUUUCCCAUUUUCUCUCCUUUGUUAAAUUUAGAAUUAUUUUGGUGGGGAGAGAGAGAGAGUAGCACAAUCAGAUAUAUGGCCCAUUGGUGUUGAAUUGGGUUGGAAACAAGCUUGUCCAGAAGAAUAUUGAAUUUGAAGAAACAGAGAAAUCUUUUCAAGUCUUGUAGAUCUGUUUUUAGUUUUUACUCAACAGGUUGAUGCCAACAUUCCACCACGCACCCACCAUCAUUACCUCAAUUCUCUACUUCUUUCUCUCAUUUUAUCCUCGACGGUCUUCAAUGGUGGUGACUUAUUAGGUGUGCUGUCUUUUGUUUCCAUUGCUUUCUUCGCCUUCAUGUCUCUUUGAAAGUUUGAAUCUUUCUUCAUUUCUUGAAACAAAUACCCUGUCUUUAUCACUUUCACCAUAUAAAAGCCUCAAACAUUAAUACAAGACAGCAACAUACGAAUCAUUCUCUCAUUUGGGUUUUUGAUAAGUUUUGGGUGGUAUCAAGUACUGUUUAUAGAUACCCUUUGAAAGAGUGAUCUGGGAGUCCUAGAAAUUCGCUACUGCAGGCAUUUCUGGUUAAAUCUUAGUCUAAGGUAGUGUUUGGGUGUCCAAAGUUGUGGGAAUUCUUGAUAUAGAGGCAAAAGGGUAUCCAACUUUCCUUUCAAUUUGUGCAAUUUUGGUCCUUUAUCAAUUUUAGGUCAUAUAUAGCAUCAUUACAUCAUUAUGCAGAAAAUGGUAGCAGGAAAUGGGCUACUUUACCCGAUUUUAGGUUUUGCAUCAUGUGUGGCUUUCAUUUACAUGUCUUUUGGUGGUUUUAUACUCACCAACCAUCGAGAACACAGGGAGCUAAGUUUUGUGGAGAGAAAUGGGACUCAGUUUAUGGUGGAUGGCAGGGCUUUUUACAUUAACGGAUGGAAUUCUUAUUGGUUGAUGGAUCAUUCUGUCGAUGAAGAUAGGAAACCUAGAGUUGGUGCAAUGCUGGAAGCUGGUGCCAAGAUGGGUCUCACUGUUUGCAGAACUUGGGCAUUUAAUGAUGGUGGCUACAACGCACUCCAGGUCUCCCCUGGUAGAUUCGAUGAGCGGGUCUUAAGGGCUUUGGAUUAUGUUAUUGCAGAAGCCAGACAACAUGGAGUCAGACUACUACUUAGUUUAGUCAACAACUUAAAGGCAUAUGGUGGAAAGACUCAGUAUGUGAAUUGGGCAUGGGAGGAAGGCAUUGGUUUGAGCUCGUCAAAUGAUUCUUUCUUCUUUGAUCCAUCCAUCAAAAGAUAUUUCAAGCAUUAUGUAAAGACUUUGUUGACCAGGAAAAACACCAUCACAGGGAUUGAAUAUAGGAAUGAUCCUACCAUAUUUGCAUGGGAGUUGAUGAAUGAGCCCCGUUGCAUGUCUGAUCCUUCAGGUGACACUCUUCAAGAUUGGAUAGAAGAAAUGUCAGCUUUCGUGAAAACAAUUGACACGAACCAUCUUCUAACAGUGGGCCUGGAAGGUUUUUAUGGUCCUAAAAAUCCCAAAAGGUUAACUGUGAACCCAGAAUCUUGGGCAUCAAGCCUUGGAUCUGAUUUUGUUCGCAACUCCAAAGCGCCUGCCAUUGACUUUGCCUCUGUUCAUAUAUACCCUGAUCAUUGGUUUCCUCAUCAAGAAUUUGAAGAUAAACUGAAAUACGUCUCCAAGUGGAUGCUUUCACACAUUGAAGAUGGUCACUAUGAGCUAAAUAAACCUGUCUUCUUCACUGAAUUUGGUUUGUCCAACCUGAACAAGGACUUCCAGCCAUCUCAACGGGAUCGAUUUUACAAAACCAUUUUUGACAUCAUAUAUAAAUCUUCAAAGAGAAAGCGGGCUGGGGCAGGUGCUUUGAUCUGGCAGUUGUUUGUUGAAGGAAUGGACGACUUUAAUGAUGAUUUUGGGAUUGUUCCAUGGGAAAGGGAAUCAACAAACAGAAUACUGACUGAUCAAUCAUGUAGAUUGGCCAGAAUCCAUGGAAUUUCUCCACAAAAUAAAUAUUUGAAAGAAUUGUGUUUGCAGAGGCAGUGAAAUUUAAUGGUUCAAUUUCUUUGGGGGGGUAUGCGUUCUCAUUUGUGGUUUGGGAUUGCUCCAGCAAGGGAUUCAGGUCACAGGUUUUGUACCAUAUUCUUCUCAAUUAUAUACAAGUUAUGAAAGCAGGUAGAUGAAUUAGAUAUUA